GUCCAAACCUGUCCAGACAUAUUAUCUAUCCUAUCCAAAUGACAGAACCAUUUUUGUUUUCUUUCGGGAUUGAGCUGACUAAAGCAGAAAAAUACAACAUGAAGGUCGCCAUCUUCCUCCUCUGUCUCAUGCCUCUGGUCUUCUGUGAGAAGAGAUUCCUGCUAGACGACAUUCUCGACAGCGCCGAAAUAAAAAACCUCGUCAGCUCAGUUGUGGAGAAGUUUGGCAGUGACGCAACUGAACAGGACUGUGAGAAGGAGUGUCUCAUCCUCUUCACCAACGACAUUCUCGACCUCGGCUGUGACUUCGCCUGCAAGGGAAUCCAGAACCUUAUCAAAAUUAUUCCCCACAACCAACCUGCUACCGCUGCCACCAGAUAAAGGAUUUGUAUCCGGCCAUGAAUAAAAUGUAACUUUGC